AUGGAUUCCGUCCUUCAAGCCGGGAUCGUAUCAGCCCCACUGCAAGUCAUAAUCGAUAAGCUCACAACCCUAACCGUUCACGAAGCCAGCCUCAUCUUCGGAGUGGACGACCAAGUCAGGAAACUGCAAAGAGCCCUCGAGCGGACUCGGGCCAUCGCGGCCCGCGUCGAGGAAGACCCCCCGCUACUUUCCGGCGACGAGGCCCGCCGCCUCUGGCUUCAGGACGCCGAGGCCCUCUUCUACUCAGCCGACGACUUGCUCGACGAGAUCUUACUCGACCUGGCCCGGGCCCGCUUAUCCGGCGCCGGCGAGAACGAGAUCCGCAACGUGCUCCUCUCAUCCUUCAAGAUCGCCGUCCCCCGGGAGGUCAACAGGAUCAGGCAAGAUCUGGACGACAUUGCCAAGGAGAUGGAGGCCCUUUACGCCGCCGGGCCGGGCCUCGGCCCGGAAAGGCAUCGCCGCCCCUCCACAAGCUCCCUUUCCGCCGGCGGGCCCGUCGUCGGGAGAGACAGGGAAAUCGACGAGAUUGUCCAGAUAUUGCUGUCAUCCGACAACGACAAAACCGAUGUCAUCGCUAUAGCCGGCAUGGCCGGGAUCGGCAAAACCUCCCUCGCCCGGGCCGUCUACAACGACGCUCGGCUUCGAGGUUUCGAUCUGAAGAUGUGGGCCCACGUGUCCUUGGAUUUCGACCCGACCCGCAUCACGAGGUCUCUCGUAGAAUCAGCAACAGGCUCGCCGUGCCAGCUGUCGUCCCUAGACGCGCUGCAGGCCGGGCUCUCGGGUUUGGUCCGGGGGAAGAGGUUUCUAACAGUGCUCGACGAUUACUGGAUCGAAAAAGACGACGACUUGGCCGACUGGGACAUGCUCGUUUCGCCUCUCGUGACCCGCGGGAGCAAGAUCCUCGUCACCACACGUAGCUCCAGUCUCGUGGGGCCCGCCAUUCCCUAUCUCCUACACGGCCUUUCGGACGAGGCCUGCUGGGAGCUGAUCAGGCGGAGGGCCUGCCCAGGCCUCCUAAGCAGCAGCGGCAGCACGCGAUUGGAGGAGAUCGGGCGGAAGAUCGCGACGAGAUGCGGAGGAUCGCCGCUCGCGGCCCGGGCAGUCGGGGGCAUGCUGAGGUUUAACGACGGCCCUGACCGGUGGGAAUCCGUCUUGAGAAGAAGCCGGUUAUGGGACGAGGCCGAUGGAGUCUUCACGGCCCUUGCCGUGAGCUACCACCGCUUGCCGACCCGCCUCAGGAAAUGCUUCGCAUACUGCUCGGUUUUCCCCAAGAAUCACGAGUUCGAGGCUGCCGACCUCGUGCUGAUGUGGAUGGCGGAAGGUUUCGUGGCCCCGCGCGAGAAGCUCCGGUCGGAGGAUAUCGGGCACGGUUAUUUCGAGGAUUUAGUUUCGAGAUCCUUCUUCCAGUUCUCCCACGAACGUGAAGGCCGCAAAUUUUACACAAUGCACGACACCAUCCACUGGAUGGCCCAAGCCGUGUCGUGUCGCUCGUGUUUGCGCGUCGAAGAUGAUGACGACCUCAUUCUCACAGACACGAUUUCAAGAAACACGCGCCAUUUCUCGUUGGCUUGCCGACAGCUGGCGAUUCUCUCGGGAUCACUCCUAUGGUACGAGAAUUUACGAACCUUUCGAGUUAUGAUACAUGGCGGGAGAAACACUACUUCCGGUACACACGUCCCGUACGACUUCUUUCUGAGGUUGAAAGUCUUGAGGGUACUUGACUUGAGUCGCGCGGGACUCGACGAGUUGCCCGACUCUAUCGACCACUUGAAACACCUGCGCUAUCUCGAUUUAUCCGAGAAUCGCUUUCGGAAGCUGCCCGAGUCGGUCACCAACCUCUUCAGUUUACAGACUCUCAGGCUCGAGCGGUGCUUUCGGCUACUUGAGCUGCCUGCCGGCAUGAAGAACAUGGUGAGCCUUAGGCACCUUCAUCUGAACACGAGGCAGCUUAGUCGAAUGCCACCCGAGUUUGGAAAACUGGUCGAUCUUCAAGGCCUGCCCGUAUUUCCCGUGGGACAAGACGUAGGGUGUGGGGUUGGGCAGCUCGGGAAAAUGCGGUAUCUAAGGGGGUCCCUUUGCUUGAAGAAUCUCGAAAACGUACCAAAUUUGGCCGAGGCUCAAGAAGCCAUGCUGCACAAGAAGCCGUUUAUCGACAGGCUGGAAUUGGAGUGGGAAGAGCACAGAUCGAACGAUGGGGAAAUCCUCGCGGGCCUUCGUCCACACGAGAAUCUCAAGGAAUUGAACCUGAUAAAUUACGCUGGCUUUCUACUGCCGAGCUGGUUUGGCGAACCGUAUCACAAGCUGUCGAGUGUCCACUUACGAGGCUGCCAGCACCACCAAAUCCUCACCCCUCUCGGAAGGCUUCAGCACCUGAAAUCUCUAGUUGUCGAGAGAAUGCUCGACUGGCCUCACAUUGGAAAAGAAUUUUUACGGUUCCCAUCGUUAGAGUGCCUAGUGAUAAAGGAAAUACCGAAUUUGACGCAUUGGGAGGUGCACAAUUGGAACCGUUUCCCUUGCCUUCGUGAACUGGGAAUCGAGGAUUGCCCGAGGCUGAUGAACUUGCCAUCGCUAGUGAACACGGAUGGGCUUCGGAACUUGAGCAUUAGCCGGUGCCCGGAGAUUGGCUCGUUGCCUGCCGAUGGGCUGCCGGGUUCUCUUCAAGCUCUGCUGAUCUCGGAAUGCGAUGGUCUAAAGGAUAGGUGCAGAAUAGAGGAAGGUAUAGAUUGGUGGAUGAUUAGAGAAGUUCCAAAGAUAGAGAUCGACUAUGUAGAGAUACCUAUGGAGAUGCGAAGGUUUUAG